AUGUUGAGCACGCUCGCCAGAGGCGCCCGUUCGGUCGCUGUCCGAAACUAUUCGGCCGCCACUCUCGAUGCCCACUCCCAGGUUCUCGAUGACCAGAAGCCGAUGGAGGAGCAGGUCAACCCAUCUUUCUACAAGAUGGUUGACUUUUACUUCGACAAGGGAGCAGACGUUAUUGCCCCAAAGCUCGCCGAGGAACUCAAGUCCAACUCUCUGAGCCAAAAGGACAAGAAGAACCUCGUCACCGGAAUCCUUGGAGCCAUCAAGCCGGUCAACAAGGUGGGAUUCAAUCUUGUUUGUCCUCAUUGUCAUUCUAACUGUUCCAGGUCCUUUACAUCACAUUCCCAAUUCGCCGUGACAACGGAGAGUUCGAGAUCAUCGAAGCCUGGCGCUCGCAGCACUCUGAGCACAGAACCCCAACCAAGGGAGGAAUUCGUUACUCGCUCGAUGUGUGCGAGGAUGAGGUGAAGGCUUUGUCCGCCCUCAUGACCUACAAGUGCGCCGUUGUCGACGUGCCAUUCGGAGGAGCCAAGGGAGGAGUCAAGAUUGACCCGAAGCAGUACACUGAUUACGAGAUCGAGAAGAUCACCCGUCGUAUCGCUAUCGAGUUCGCCAAGAAGGGAUUCCUCGGCCCCGGAGUCGAUGUGCCAGCCCCAGAUAUGGGAACUGGAGAGCGUGAGAUGGGAUGGAUCGCAGAUACCUACGCUCAGACCAUCGGACAUUUGGACAGAGUACGUUACUAGACCUCCACAAUUUUUUUCUAAUAGUUUUGGUUAUAGGAUGCCUCGGCUUGCAUUACCGGAAAGCCAAUUGUGAGCGGAGGAAUUCACGGACGUGUCUCCGCCACUGGACGUGGAGUCUGGAAGGGACUCGAGGUGUUCACCAACGACGCCGACUACAUGAACAAGGUCGGACUCCCAACCGGACUUGCCGGAAAGACCGCUAUCAUCCAAGGAUUCGGUAACGUCGGACUCCACACCCACAGAUACCUUCACCGUGCUGGAUCCAAGAUUAUCGGAAUCCAGGAGUAUGACUGCGCCGUCUACAACCCAGAUGGUAUUCACCCGAAGGAGCUCGAGGACUGGAAAGACGCCAACGGAACCAUCAAGAACUUCCCAGGAGCUAAGAACUUCGAUCCAUUCACUGAUCUCAUGUACGAGAAGUGCGACAUCUUCGUGCCAGCUGCCUGUGAGAAGUCGAUCCACAAGGAGAACGCCCACCGUAUUCAGGCUAAGAUCAUCGCCGAGGCCGCUAACGGACCAACCACCCCAGCCGCCGACAAGAUCCUUCUUGCUCGUGGAGACUGCCUCAUCAUCCCAGACAUGUAUGUCAACUCUGGAGGAGUCACUGUUUCCUACUUCGAGUGGUUGAAGAACUUAAACCACGUCUCGUACGGACGUCUCACCUUCAAGUACGACGAGGAGGCCAACAAGAUGCUUUUGGGUAAGUGUCUUCUGAAUAAUCAGACAAACCAGCUGAUAAGAAAGUUUCGCGGCGCGAAUUAUACUUUGCCGGCAGAUGACGUGCGAUCUUUCGUUUUGCUGGUGUUGUUUUGUUUGACGGAGAAUACAAUACACUUUGCUUGCAAAAUCGCUACCUUUUCACUAUUGCGCUGUGUUUCUUUUUCUGAGGGAGAUACGUGAAGAACAGCACUUCGAGCGCUCGACCGCGGGUUUCCCCCGUAAACGUUUUGCGUCGGGAAAAAAGAAUACGAAACGAGAAUGAAUCGUUAACGAAUUUCUUUUCAGCCUCGGUGCAAGAGUCGCUCACAAAGGCCCUUGGAAAGGAAGCCGCUGUCGAGCCAAACGCCGCUUUCGCCGCCAAGAUCGCUGGAGCUUCCGAGAAGGACAUCGUCCAUUCUGGACUCGAGUACACUAUGCAGCGAUCCGGAGAGGCCAUCAUCCGCACUGCUCACAAAUACAACCUCGGACUUGAUAUCCGUACCGCCGCCUACGCUAACUCUAUCGAGAAGGUCUACAACACCUACAGAACCGCCGGAUUCACCUUCACAUAA